AUGAAGAAAAUCAAUCUCAUGCUAAGAAGAUGCAAGACGUUAUCAAGGCAACUCAUCAGGACCUCCUCCUACACCUCCCUAAGAUCCAAAUCAACCACCGAUCAUCAUCAUCUUCGUCAUGGACCACCAGCAGAAACAGGAGGAAUAAUGUGGAAUAGUAGCGCCGUUUGUGUUUACGGCGGCGGAGAAGAGCCUCGGGCCACCGUUUUUGUUGGGAGCACCAGGAAGCGUUACGUAAUUGGUUCAAAGUAUUUAAGCCAUCCACUCGUUAUUGCUCUCACCGAAAAAUCUACUUCCAUUGAUGGGGAUAAUGCCGCAUCUGUCAUCAACUGUGAAGUUGUACUGUUUGAUCAUCUCUUGUGGAUGCUCGAAAAUUCCUAUCUGAAUAUCAAUUCCGAUUCUUUGGACGAGUUAGCAGCUCUCUACAUAUCUUAA